AGCGCCUCCGCUUUUUGAUCCCUACACCGGACAAUGAGAAGUCACAUGGUAACAAUGCUGAAUGCUACAGCCCGCAGUUGGCCUUCCUCCUCCCAGAAAUGCAGCUUUAUGGCUAAUCGCAGCAACCAAUUGCUGAACCCCUCAGGAGACCCAAAUACUACUACUGCCUGUUCCAUGGAUGAGAAACUACUUUCUAGCCUGUUAACAAUAUCCUACUCUGUUAUUUUCAUCAUAGGACUGGUUGGAAACAUAAUUGCCCUCUAUGUAUUUCUGGGUAUCCACCGCAAAAGAAAUUCCAUACAGAUUUACCUACUGAACGUAGCCAUUGCAGAUCUCUUACUAAUCUUCUGCCUGCCUUUCCGAAUAAUGUAUCACAUUAACGGGAACCAGUGGACACUCGGUGUGAUCCUUUGCAAGGUUGUGGGAACACUAUUUUAUAUGAACAUGUACAUUAGCAUUAUUUUGCUUGGAUUUAUCAGUUUGGAUCGCUACAUAAAAAUUAAUCGGUCUAUACAACAGCGGAGGGCAGUAACAACCAAACAAAGUAUUUACGUUUGCUGUACAGUAUGGACAGUUGCUCUGGCCGUAUUUUUAACUAUGAUUACUUUAACCCUUAAGAAAGAAGAUCAUAAUUCCACAAUGUGUUUCCAUUAUAGAGAGAAGCAUAAUGCCAAAGGAGAAGCAAUUUUUAACUAUGUUCUUGUGGUAAUGUUCUGGCUAAUUUUCUUACUAAUAAUCCUUUCAUAUAUUAAGAUCGGCAAGAAUCUACUGAGGAUUUCCAAAAGGAGGUCAAAAUUUCCCAACUCUGGUAAAUAUGCCAAAACAGCCCGAAAUUCCUUUAUCGUACUUAUCAUUUUUACUGUAUGUUUUGUUCCCUAUCAUGCCUUCCGAUUUGUCUAUAUAUCUUCACAGCUAAAUAGGCCGUCUUGCUAUUGGAAGGAAAUCAUUCACAAAACCAAUGAGAUCAUGUUGGUUUUCUCAUCUUUCAAUAGCUGCUUAGAUCCAGUCAUGUAUUUCCUGAUGUCCAGUAACAUCCGCAAAAUAAUGUGCCAACUUCUUUCUAGACGAUUUCAAGGGGAAGCGAGCAGAAGUGAAAGCACUUCAGAAUUUAAACCAGGAUACUCCCUGCAUGAUACAUCUGCUGCAGCUAAAAUUCAGUCUACUUCUUAAAGCACUUGCGGUAAACACAUUAAAAAGGAUGAAAAAAUACAACCUCUUAAUUCCUUAAAGAACUAAAAAUUAUGAAACAAAGUUCUAGCAUUUGCAAAGCUCAGAUCUGCUCAAAGCUCUUUGCUUACUUGUGAUAUUUCAUUUGCUUAGUUAUAAACUAUUUCAAGGGAAAGAAAAGCUUAUACUUAUCACUAGAUUUUAAAUCUGUAUGUAAAGUCUUUUCAAAGUAUGCUGUUAACACUCUUAACAUAGAUUACAGAGUUAACUGAAAUUUAUGGUUUUAACAACAGAAUAAUUGAAAUGCCAUGGUUUUUCAAGUCACUAACGUAGUUACUCAAAAUCAAGCACUUAAUACUAAUUUAAAGUGCAUUUAAAAAGUAAGUUAAAUGACUGGCGGACUGACAAAAAUGUCAGAAAAUGCAUGUUCUUUCUCAUUUAAAAAGCCUGUAUAAUUUGCUACUGUAUUCAUUUAUGCCUAAACCUCUAUAACAGAUGAAAUAAUAAAUUCUAAGUAUAAAAUGAAAUCACCCAUUAUCUAUCACUCUUUAGAUCAAAUAGAAAGAAUUUAAAUACUGUACAGUAAAAAUCAAACAACAGAUGAACUAAGAAUUUGAUAGCCUAGCAAUAAGGACUUGAACCCACACCUUACUUAAAACAGAUUUAUAAGUGACUCAGCCAUCUUGGACCAUGCUCUGAUAGAGUAAAAUUGAAAACAGGCACACCCUAUGAGCCACCAAGUCUGAUACUAGGUAUACAUCUGACAGAACCACUCAAACAUGUUUACAAGAAAACUUAUACAUAAUGAUGCUCAGUGAACUAUUGGUUCAUGAUAACAAACAAUUGGAAACAACCUAAGUUGGGUAUCCAUCAGCAAAGGCAUAGAGAAAUAAACUGUUCACAAAAUGGGGUAUUAUACCGCGCUUCAAUGAAAUGAACUACACCUGCAUGCAUCAACAUGGAGAAUUAUCAAAAACAAUGUUGAAUAGAAAAAUACCCCCCAAAACCCAACUGCAAAAAGGUAUACACCAUGUGAAAUCAUUUAUGUAAAAUACAAAACCACAUGAAAUACCAUAUUCUUUAUGGAUCUAUAGAUACGCAAUAAAAGUAUAAAAUGUGCAUACUAUCCACAGCAUAACACACCAACUUAAAGUUAAUGGUUAUAGCUGGAGAGAUUUGAAGCAAACACUGCAAAAUGUUAAUGUCUGUUAAACCUGUGUGAUAGUACUUGGGUAUUUGCUUUAUUAUUUUUGGUAUACUGCUGAGUGUUUGAAAUAUUUUAUAAUAAAGGAAAGUUACAGAUUAGAAUUAAAGGGAGCAAAUUCUGAAAUGUUCAUGUAUGCUCAAAAUUAACUGGAGAGUAAGCUCUAAGAGAAAGGGCUCGUAUUUAGCAAGGGCUCCUGGGAACUUAAUGUGUUGCAAGGCACACAGGUGACCAAUAGGUAUCUGUUGAAUAACUGAA